AUGUCCUUUCCGCGACGAUUCUUCCACCGUCCGGCGCACGAGGAUCGCCAGACCACUCCGCUGGUGGUGUUCAACCGCCAGCUCCCCAUGCUGCAUUUGCAGGACACGGCGCGGAAUAAUUGCAUCGCCACGCUGGGCGAGUUCGUCGGCACGUUCCUCUUCCUGUUCCUUUCGUUUGCGGGCACCCAGGUCGCGAAUACCCCGAAGCCCGUGGAAGGGUCGCCUCCGAAUACGUCGAAUCUGCUGUAUGCGUCGCUGGCGUUCGGGUUCUCGUUGAUGGUGAACGUGUGGGCGUUCUAUCGCGUCACGGGGGGGCUGUUUAAUCCGGCUGUCACUCUUGCACUUUGCCUAGUCGGAGGCAUGUCGCCUCUCCGGGGCGGGCUGGUCUUCGCGGCGCAGCUCGUAGCCGGGAUCGCAUCGGCGGGCGUCGUCAGCGCUCUGUUCCCGGGCGACUUGAAUGUCGCGACGCGGUUAGGCGGCGGGACCUCAAUCUCGCAGGGCCUGUUCAUCGAGAUGUUCCUGACCGCGCAGCUCGUGCUGGUCGUGAUCAUGCUGGCCGUGGUGAAGCACAAGGCGACCUACCUGGCGCCUGUGUGUAUCGGGCUGGUCUUUUUCGUGACGGAGAUGAUCGGCGACUAUUACACCGGCGGCUCGUUGAACCCCGCCCGCUCGCUAGGCCCAGACGUCAUCAACCGCAGCUUCCCCGGCUAUCACUGGAUCUACUGGAUCGGGCCGCUGCUGGGCUCGUUGCUCGCGUGCGGGUUCUACGCCAUGAUCUCGCGUUUCUCGUAUCAUACUGUCAACCCGGGCCAAGAUUUCAACGAGUGGGAGGCCAAACUCGGUCCCGGGUCGUGGGACUCCGCCAUGCAGCGUCUGUCGGUGUCGGAUACCACGACCCUGGAUCGUCCGCAGUCGCCGCGUGCCGGGGGCCAGCGGCCUAGUCCGCUGGUCCAGAACCAUGAUAAUGUGAGUCCGAGGGGGGAGCAGCGAAUGGCUGGCAUGCCGGGGUCGGAGCAGGUGUAA